CGGAGGUGGGGGGCGGGAUCAGGAGGAGCACACAUGAGUUGUCAAACAGGUUUGUCUUGAGCUGCUUUCAAACACACUCUGUUCAGCAGGACGGCACAGUGUGUUCGCUGGGAUCAAACCAGGAAAACCCAGGAGAGGCUGUCGAGACCAACCGGGACUGUCAAGGAAGUACAACUGAGAUGCUGACAUCCCAACUCAAACAUGGAGUGGAGCUGAUCAUGAGACAGGAUAACUUUGCCACUUCUGCAGAAUCAAACUAGAGAAAGAGAAAGGUGCAGGUGCUCCUAGUUUUUACAGCAUGCCUGUUGAGACUCUUCAAAGCCCAGCGAGGCAGCCGGGGAGGACUGCAGUUGUCGCUACACCGCCACGAUUGCGACCCAAAGGGCCAGUGGGGCCGGACUUCUACCGGCGCUUCCCUGCAACAGCGGGCGCACCGAGGCAGAGUGCGGUGGAGAGGCUGGAAGCAGACAAGGCGAAAUAUGUCAAGAGUCAGGUGGCUCUGUCCAAACAGCAGCCGGUCCGGGCUCCAGACAUGAGGAAGCCUCUGCUGAGCCCCGGUUCUGAUCUGAGGCCCACUAGGAAGACCCAAACUCCAACGAAAGCAAAGAAGGAGGAAGUUCAGCUCAACCUGGAGCACCUGACUAAUCUGAUCAGUGGUGUGAGUGAUGCGUCAGCCUCAGGGGACAGUAAAGCUCCUAAUGGUGGUCCAUGCCCCACACCUGCAGGGGUGCAACAGAAGAAGGAGAGGCCGUGUCCACCGCCGCGUCCUGACUGGUCCAGUCCAGCUAAAGUGAGAUUAAAAGCCUCUGGGCCUGCCAGGGUGGAGAGUUCCGGGUCUCCUGGAGCUCCAGCUGCAGGGACGGUACGCAGAGUGGACGUCAUGCCUCAGGUGAGGACACCCAGCAGACCACCUCACUUCAUCCGGCAGCCCCUUCAGCCCAUCCCGUUACAUUCCCAGUUUCCACUCCGCCCGGCUACCUCACACCUGCGUCUCUUCCAGUCCAGAACAACAACAGCACCUCCUUCUCCUCUGAAACCCGUCGUCGCACCAUCGAAACCAGACAGCCCCCCCUCCUCUCCAGCUGGAACCCCCACACCAACUCCGCCCCACCCAAACCUCAGCCUGUUCCCUCCUCCCUCCCCAGCGAUCACCCGUCGGUCCUCCUCCAGCUCCAAGAAGCGCCCCUCCCUGACCCGGUCCAAGUCGGACAUGAGCGACCGGUGCUCCCGAGCCGGGACGGACCUGGAGCGCUUCUUCAACCUGUGUGGUCUGGAUCCAGCAGACCUGCAGGAGUGGACCGGAUCUACUUCUGACAUUGUGUCCAUGGCUCGUUUCCGCAGUGUGAGCGCUCCGGGGUCCGAGUGUGCAGGCUCCGGCAGAGAGGAUGAAGAGGAGGAGGAGGAGGAGGAAGGAGGUGCUGGUAAUGCGGCUGAGCGUGUUCCCUACGGCGUCUCUGUUAUUGAGAGAAAUGCGAGAGUGAUUAAAUGGCUGUAUGGACUCCGGCACGCCAAGGACAACGCAACUAAAAGCACCAACUUAUAGGAGGCUGCAGGUGUUAAAUGGUCUAAAAUAAGCUUCAAACCAAAGUGAAAAUUUCAAUGAAGUGACGGGAUCCUGUGACUUAACUGAUGAUACGUCUGAAAAGUAAUUCACUUCAGCUCGAUUCAUUUGUUUUCUUUUUUUAAAGACAUUUGAUAUUUUUUGUGUUAGUGUCAUAUGAUCAGAAACACGAUCAGAAACAGCUAUUUUUACUGCAGGAAAUGAUUUUUUUUUUGUUGUUGAUGUUAUUUUGAUUGUUUUUGUGUGGAGCUCAUGUGGCUCACAGUGAAGACGUCUCAUCUCGGGCUGUAAAUGGACUUUAAUGGCAUUAAAAAUUGAACGAUGAAA